AUCGAUGUGCGAGCGGCGGAUCGCGCGAAUUGGGUGCGACGACCGCUGGCGCGGGCGGUGGACGCGACGCGGGACGCGCUGCUGUUUCAACAGUUGGACAUCGAUUACGCGGUGGAGAAGCCGCACGAGGGACUGGGGGCGCGACGGGCGAAAGGUGACGCCGCGGUGGUGCGGAUGUUCGGGGUGACGAAAGAGGGACACAGCGUGUGCGCGCACGUGCACGGGUUCGAGCCGUAUUUUUACGCGUCGGUGCCGGAAAAUUUCGGCGAGGCGGAUUGCGCGGCGUUCAGGCGACGUUUGAACGAGGAGGUGAGCGCGGCGAGGAAGAACGCGCCGGGAGUGCACGUCGUGGACGUGUCGCUCGAGAGGAAGCAGAGUUUGAUGCAUUAUAGCGACGUGAAGGAUCGCUUGUUCGCCAAGAUCACGAUGGGGCUGCCGAAUAUGGUGAGCGCGGCGCGAGGGAUUUUGGAAAAGGGAUUCAGCGUGCCGGGGGUUCGGGACGGGGCGUUCACGACGUACCCGACGUUUGAGUCCAACAUCGUGUACGCCUUGCGGUUUAUGGUGGACUGCGCCGUGGUCGGUGGGAACUGGAUCGAGUUUCCGGUGAAUUCGUACACGGUUCGUGCGAAGAAGGCGUCGCACUGUCAAAUCGAAGUGGACAUCAUGUACGACAAGCUCAUCUCGCACCCGGCGGAGGGUGAGUACUCCAAGCUCGCCCCGUUUCGCAUCUUAUCCGUGGAUAUCGAGUGUGCGGGGCGUAAAGGCCACUUUCCCGACGCACAAUUGGAUCCGGUGAUUCAGAUCGCGACUCUAGUCACCGAGCAAGGGAGCGAUAAACCGAUUAUUCGAGCCGUGUGGACGCUCGAUACGUGCGCUCCGAUCGUCGGCGCUGACGUCUUGAGUUUUAAGGAUGAGCGGGAACUGCUUCGGAACUGGGGUAAUUUUCUUCGCGGGUGCGACCCGGAUUUGUUGAUCGGCUAUAACAUCGUCAAUUUCGAUUUCCCGUACUUGUUGGAGCGCGCCGAGAAGCUCGGCGUCGCCGACUUUCCGUACUGGGGACGCUUGAUCGGCACCAAGGUGCGCAUGCGCGACACGGUUUUCUCGUCCAAGGCGUACGGUACGCACGAAAGUAAAGAAAUAUCUUGCGAGGGACGCGUGCAAUUCGACAUGCUUCGCGCUAUUCAGCGCGAUUACAAGUUGUCUUCAUAUUCGCUCAACGCAGUUUCUGCGCAUUUUUUGGGCGAGCAAAAAGAAGACGUGCACUACAGCGCUAUCUCGGAGCUGCAAAACGGUACGCCCGAGACGAGACGGCGUUUAGCGGUGUACUGUUUGAAGGAUGCGUAUCUUCCGCAGAGAUUGCUGGACAAGUUGAUGUACAUGUACAACUACAUCGAAAUGGCUCGCGUCACCGGCGUGCCGCUGAAUUACCUGUUGACUCGCGGUCAGUCCAUCAAGGUCAUGUCGCAGCUUUUGCGCAAGGCGAGGCAGCGAAACAUGCUGAUUCCUCACCAUGUGAAGCAGGGCGGUGGCAACGUUCAAGCGGAGGGUGGUGUCGCGUACGAAGGUGCGACGGUCUUAGACGCCAAGGCUGGUUACUACGAGAUGCCCAUCGCGACGCUCGAUUUCGCUUCGCUGUAUCCAUCCAUCAUGAUGGCUCACAAUCUGUGCUACUCGACUUUAGUGCCAAAGGAUAAGGUGGGUAAGCUCAACCCGGAUGAUUACGGGACAUCGCCAUCGGGAGAUACGUUCGUGAAGGCAUCCAAGGUGAAGGGGAUUUUGCCAGAAAUUUUAGAGGAACUCUUGGGGGCGCGUAAACGCGCCAAGGCUGAUCUUAAAAAAGCCACUGAUCCGUUGCAAAAAGCGGUCUUAGACGGUCGCCAGCUCGCGCUGAAAGUCUCAGCAAACUCUGUGUACGGUUUCACCGGUGCCAUGGUCGGACAGCUGCCUUGCCUCGAAAUUUCUUCUUCAACGACGGCGUACGGCCGUACGAUGAUUGAUCACACGAAGAAAAUGGUGGAAGAGAAGUAUCGAACCGUGAAUGGAUACACUGGAAAUGCCGAGGUCAUUUAUGGUGAUACCGACUCCGUGAUGAUCAAGUUCAAUACGCCGGAUUUGGCGGAGUCUAUGAAACUCGGUGAAGAAGCCGCGGUGUACGUCUCUGAGACGUUCUUGAAGCCUAUCAAACUCGAAUUCGAAAAGGUGUACUGGCCAUAUCUCUUGAUUAGCAAGAAGCGCUACGCUGGUUUACUCUGGACGAACACUGAAAAUUACGACAAGAUGGACACCAAAGGUAUCGAGACCGUGCGUCGCGAUAACUGUUUGCUCGUGCGACAAGUCAUCGAGACGGUUUUGGAGAAGAUUUUGAAGCAGCGAGAUGUGCAGGGCGCGGUGAAAUACGUGCAGAGUACGAUCGCAGACUUGCUCAUGAAUAGAUUAGAUUUCUCACAGCUCGUGAUCACGAAGGGUUUCACAAAAGAAGCAGACUCGUAUGGGGUCAAGAUGGCACACAUAGAGCUCGCGCAGCGCAUGCGCCAGCGCGAUCCCGCCACCGCGCCGGUAGUCGGCGAUCGUAUCGCGUACGUCAUCAUUAAAGCGGCGAAGAACGCAAAGGCGUAUGAAAAGUCAGAGGAUCCGAUUUUUGCUUUGGACAACAACUUACCCAUCGAUACGAAGCACUAUUUGGAUCACUACUUGACCAAGCCUCUGCUGCGUAUUUUCGAGCCCAUCUUGCACAACGCGCAAUCCGUACUGUUGCACGGCGAGCACACGCGUCGCAUCGCGCAGCCGACGCCGACUGCGAAAGCUGGCGGAAUCAUGCAGUUUGCCAAGAUUCGUUUAAGCUGUAUCGGUUGCCGCGCACCGAUAUCGGAUGAGAAAAUGUCCAAGUCGCUGUGCAAGAAUUGCCUCAACGACGAAUCGCAGCACCUGAGAAAAGCGCUCGCCUCCGUGAACAACCUCGAGGGAGACUUCAACCGGCUUUGGACGCAGUGUCAGCGGUGCCAAGGCUCACUUCACCAGGACGUCCUCUGCACAUCGCGGGAUUGUCCCAUUUUCUACCGUCGCAAAAAAGUCCAAAAAGAUUUAACCGAAGCCACGGCGCAGCUGCGACGUUUCGAUUGGUGAGCGCGACGAAGAUUCCCGACGCGAUAGUCGAGUCGAUUCCCGACGCGAUAGCCAA